UUUCGAACACAGUGACUCACAUCAUUUUUUUUGAAUUUUCCAGGCAUCCUCUUAUCCUUCUUCCAACCUUCUUCUCAUCUCCAAGUCUCAAGAGAUAUCUUCUGACUCUUAUAAAUAUUCGAAUGAGCUGCAACGUGCAAUCCUUCAACGCGGAACUAGGGCCGACAGGACGAGUCUUCACACCUUCUGUCAGCGCCAUGGAGCGAGCUUCACUAUUGGAAUCGCUAUUUUGGCAAAGAAAAUUUCCACCUCCCAGCCCAAAUAUCAUAAGUCAGCAUCUUCCGGAACUUGAAGGCGAAAUCGCAAGGCAUGAUGCGGAAAUUCAGAGGUUGAAGGCACAACUUUCAACAGCGGAAAGCAGUAACGAACGACUGAAGAAAGCUGUGGAAAUGGGAAAAUCAGUGCUUUCUCCCAUUCACCGAAUGCUCCCGGAACUUUUGACACAAAUCUUUUCGUACCUUCGAGAAGAGAUUGACGUGAUUCCUAGUACUGGGAGACUGCAGCCUAUGCCUGUGACAGUUUCGAUGGUAUGUGCGCAGUGGAGAGAGGUUGCGCUCUCGAUCUCGAGUCUAUGGACUUGGAUGAAGUUGGAUUUCCAGGAAGGACUUACUGAUGAAAGGAUACACCAGCGGGUGGAGUUUUACUUGAACCGUGCCCGUACCUCUCCAUUGAAACUUACUUUUCGAGGUUGGCCCCCUAGGUCUGAGCCUGUAGGUUUCCGCCACAGCAUGGCAUUCACCGCUCUAUGCCAGUGCUCUCCUCAAUGGACCAGCGUCACCUUUGAAGAUACCCGUUCUUUAUCAUUCUUCCAGAUCCCUGCCUUUCAGCUCGUGAAAGGGCGUCUUCCUAAUCUUCGCGCUUUCCAUAUCGAAUAUCAUCGUAGCGACUUCGGCAAUGUGGAUAGCCUCAGUCAAAAUGAAUCCCUUCAGUCUCUCUCGCUCGAAAUGGAUAGUGAUCGUUCGGGCGUCGGGUCAGUGCUUCCAUGGCAUCAGCUCCAAACCUUAUCUGUCGACGUAUCACCCCAACAUCCUUUCGCUCUUAAUAUCUUCUCCAUGUGUCCCAACCUCCAAUCCCUCGAGCUGCGCAUGUUACCCUAUCCAUUCGAACCGAGAGGCUUCACCGCCGGUUUAACCUUGAACAUAUCUUCCCUAUCCCUAUACCUUGGACACACCCCAGAUACCGUCUUUUCUCGUCUCUCGCUUCCUAAUCUAUCCUCACUUCAGAUCCACUUCGACUGGGGAUACAUGAACACAACACCUCUUUUGCAAUAUUUAACUAGAUCAUCCCCUCCAAUCACUUCCUUUUGCGCACAUAAUUGGCGUUAUCCCGGGACACCUGCCUUCGUGGGACGCAUCUUCCCUCUUCUUGAACUCAUGCCGAAGUUGGAAUCGCUCCAACUUGAUGAAACGACUAGUACCACUACCACCAAAUUUCUCAAUGGCCUGGUCAUUCACCGCACCGCCAGUGGCGUCGCGAACCACGCUCUUCCGUUAUUACCCAACCUCAGGCACCUUUCACUCUGCUUUCAUGCCCAAGAACUAGACGGCGAAGCACUCUAUAGAGCUGUAUCCUCGAGAUGGAUACCUGAACCUGUAACAACUACAUGGGACGUCGUCUCGAUUCGCUCACUGGAGAUAAUAUUCCUCGAUGACGUCGAGCAUGUUUCGAACUUUCCAGGCGGUCUCACGUGGGUGAAGGAUUUACAGGACGAAGGAUUAAACGUUUCCAUACGCCACCGGUUGUUCAAAUAA